CCUUAUUGCGCAUGUCUGUCACAAUAUUAGCAUGAACGCAUGCUAGUACAGGUCUUCCUUUCUCAGUAUUACUUAAAAUUUAGUUUACGCUAAACAAAAAUGCCGCCGAAGGGAAAAGGUGGCAAAGGUGGUAAAGGAGGAGGUGCUUCAGGAGGUGCAGACGCUGACAAGAAAGAAAAAGCCCCAAAGGGAGGAACCUCUGUGAAGGUUCGGCAUAUCCUCUGUGAAAAACACGGAAAAUGCAUGGAGGCGAUGGAGAAACUGAAGUCUGGAGUCCGUUUCAGCGAAGUAGCAACACAAUACAGUGAAGACAAAGCUAGACAAGGAGGUGACCUGGGAUGGAUGACACGGGGAUCGAUGGUUGGACCUUUUCAGGAAGCAGCAUUUGCGCUGCCUAUCAGUUCUAUGGAUAAACCUGUCUACACGGACCCUCCUGUUAAGACAAAGUUUGGGUACCACAUCAUUAUGGUAGAGGGGAAAAAGUAACGGGGCAGCUCAGUGUGUAAAACUGGGACAUAGAAACUUUUCACUGUGCUAUGUUGUAAAGCUUCUAAUUUCCUAAUUGUGAAAUGCUUAAAAACAAGAAAAUGAAGUGAAAUGCAAUUGUUCUGACAGAUGGUCCACUUUGCGUUGCAAAAUAAUUUCUUAAAGUCAAGCUUUAGUUCAGUAUUCACUCUGUACUAGAUUUAGAUUUCAAAAAUCUGACUUUCACUGUUGAAUUACUCCAUUUGGACAAUAACAUAUGCACUGUAUCUGAACACAGUGAAGACAGCAUGAUAUGGUGACACCAUUGGGAUGACAUUUUAAACCUUGGAACAGACACAUAUCCGUAACUGCAGCCAAAUUGUAUUGUUUCAAAAUUACGAUUUCAGUUCAAACCUUCAGCUCUACUGUCAGGUCCAUCUUUGUGAAAUGUACACUGCCAUACUGAUAAUUUAACUGGAGUUAAUAAUCUUUAAAAUUUCACUUUUGCAUUCACAGAAUUUACAUUUUCAGUUUAAUGAAGAUUGUGGAAAUCAAUUUAAUGGUCAAAUAAAUUCAUUCUCCAUGUA